AUAAAAUAAUCUUGAUAAAGACGGCUUUUGACUUGAUAAAUUGAAUUAAAAUGGAACGAGUGGGUAAAAUAAUAGACAAUGUCCUUAAAAUGGACUUUAUUGAGCUGUCAUUUUCGGAUAUAUCGGUAUACCGGCAAGACCAAGAAGAAAUGAAAGUAAAGAAAUUUAGUGAACAAAUGGAAAGUUUCUUUAACUCUCUUACAAGUGAAUCUAAAGAAGCUGCUUUGUUAAUUUACAUCACAAAGUGUGAAAAGGCAAAUCUUUCACAGCUGAAAAUUCUUUUCGAUACGUUGGAUCUUUUGGUGAAAAAUAAUGUUUUGACGGCUCGUGUCGUAUGUGAACAAAUCCUCACAAGUGAGAAAUUAGACUAUAAGAAUGAACUGUUCUUUACGGAAUGCUUCAAAAUGAUAAAAAAGUUGAUUGGAGGAGUUGAUUAUAAAGGCGUAAGAGAAAUAAUGAAAGGAUGUCGUGAAAAGGCAAACAGUUUCCCAAAUGAAAUGCCAAGCAGUCUUUUGCCGCAACUUUUGAGUGUUAACGAUGUAUUGAAGUACAUUUUUGAUAGGAAUGCUUGCCUUCUUCCAGCGUAUUUUAUCAUAACUGAACUUCAAAAACAAGAAAAUGCUGAAGUUCAUUGGAAAAUUUCGAAUUUGACUGCAACAUUCAUUGAAGAAUUCGUCAACCUUGCUCAAAUGCUUUCAAUUAUUGGUCAUUCAACUCUUUAUCCAAUACUUGAACCAGCAUCUGCUGCCGGUUACGGUGAAGCAACAAAUCCAUGGCGUUUGGAUCCAAACACAUUAAAAUUCACAACUUUAAAGGGAAACUUACCUUAUGACUCACAAUUAACUCAACCACAAGUUGGACUUCUUCGUUACGUUCUCCAACAACUUUACAGCAAAGAAAUGGUCUGUUCUAUGUUGAAUCUUCAGAAGCAGCGUUCAGCAGUUCUCGAAGAACAAAUUGUUUGGCUUGUUAUCUUAGCAAUGGAGAAAAGUGAACAAGACUCAUCAUUAAGUGAUGCUAAAGCAGAUCCUAAUGACUCAACUCCAACACACAAUCAAUGGUUGUGGCUUCAUCUCUCAUCGCAACUCAUUUACUUUGUUUUAUUUCAAUGUGCAGCUUUUCCUAACAUCGUCAACACUCUUCAUGAGAAACUAUCAACAAUGACGUUAAGAAAAGGACGAGACGACUUAAUGUGGGCUCUUUUACAAUACAUCAGUGGAAGUAUUCAAAGGAAUGCUUUGUCGAACUUUCUCCCAGUUUUAAAACUUUACGACAUAUUGUACAAUGAAAAGGAACCUCUUGCAGUUCCGGAUGUGAAACUUCCAUCAAGUACAAAGAAAAUUGCUGCCACAUGCAUUUACAUUCAUCUCUUAAAGAAAGCUCAACUUGAAAAUGUUGCACUGCGACCAAUUCCAAUUGCUUUGAAGAAGCAUUACGAAUUUCUUCAGCAUUUGUCAUCAGCUCAAAACUCAAGCUUAAGCAUUGGCGAUGAUUACGUUGUGACUCUUUUGUGCAACGCUUAUUCGACGAAUCAAGAAUAUUUCUCACGUCCAAUGAGCGCACUCAUCGACACAAUUCUUUCAACGAGUAAACCACCAACGCAAGUUGUAUCGCAACAGUCACUUCCAACUCAAUCGCCAUUAUCAAUGAUUGUUUUGGAUUCAUUGACUGUUCAUAGUAAGAUGAGUGUUAUCCAUUGUAUCGUGAAUAACAUGAUGAAACAAGCGGAAACAAAGACAACGAUGCCUAAUCUGUCACCAAAUAUAUCACCAGCUUUGGUUGAAACUUAUUCAAGACUUCUCGUGUACACUGAAAUUGAAUCUUUGGGAAUUAAAGGAUUUUUAAGUCGUCUUUUGCCGACAGUUUGUAAAUCAAAUGCUUGGAGUAUUCUUUAUACAUUGUUGGAAAUGUUUUCUUAUCGUCUUUUUCAUAUUCAGGCUCAUUAUCGUGCACAAUUAUUGACACAACUUCACACACUCUCACAAAAUGCUCAUGUCAAUCAAACUCAACUUCAUUUAUGCUUUGAAUCAACUGCAUUGCGAUUAUUAACCGGACUUGGAUCAGCUGAAUUUCAAUUCCAACUUUCUCGUUUCUUAACGGAACCGAAAAAUCUUGCGUCAAUGGUGUCAGCUGAUUCAGAAGAGUUGAAUAGAGUUUUGGUGUUGACUUUAGCACGUUCAAUGAUCAUAACGGGAAUGGAAAAUGAGACAAAUAGUGGCAACAGUAACAUUGUUUGUUUAAUGGACUUGCUUGGCGUGAUAAUGAAGAACACGCCACACAAUUGGUCGUCACAUACAAAGCAAAGCUUCCCAAAAGUUCUUUCUGAUUUUUAUGCCAAUCACAAUUUGCCGGUUGAAGACAAGCAGCAAGUGAAGAAAGCGAUUGAAGAAGAAUAUCGAAAUUGGCUGUCGAUGACAAAUGAGAAUGACAUAAUUUCCUACUUCAGUCAAACUUCUUCGUUCUUGUGUUUGCUGUUUAAGAUCAUUUCGGAAACCGGUGAAAUGAGUCCGGUGGCUUUUAAAAUUCUUGAAAGAAUCGGAGCUCGAACAUUCUCAGCGCAGUUGAGGAAACUUUGCGACUUUUUGUUAUAUGAAGUGACAAUUUCCAAGCAAAUUCCGAAACUUGUUGACACGAUCAGUGACAUGAUUUGGAAAUUCAACAUUGUCACAAUUGAUCGUUUAGUUUUAUGUCUUGCUUUGAGAACUCAAGAACCAAACCAACAAGAUAUGCCAACAGCUCAAGUAUUCGUCAUUCAACUUUUGUUGAUAAAAACGUCGCAAUUUCGUGACCGUGUCAUGAAGUUUGUUGAGAAGAAUUCACCGGAAUAUUGGAAACAGUCAAAUUAUAAUGAGAAACAUCUUGCAUUCCAUAAGGAAUUUCCAGAGAAAUUCGUUCCAUCUGACGAACAUUAUUCGACAUUCUUUGGUAAUGUUUGUUUGAGAUUUCUGCCAGUACUCGACAUUGUCAUUCAUCGCUAUUUGGAGAUGUCAUCGAUUGAAGCAGUUUCGAAUUCACUUGAAUCUGUGCUGAAGACGUUGGGAUUAUUGUAUAAAUUUCAUGAUCGUCCAAUUACUUAUCUUUACAACACACUUUUCUAUUACGAGAUGAAACUUCGAGAUCGACCGGCAUUGAAACGUUUACUUGUUGGCGCAAUCAUCACUUCAUUGAAGGAUGUUCGAGAGAAAAAUUGGGCAUUAACUGAACAGUAUCAAUUAUACAUCAAAAAUCAACUGUCGCCCGAUGAUCAACCAAUAAAAUGGAAUCCCGACUUGAGUUAUUAUCGAGGACUUGUUAAGAGAUUGAUCGAAACAAUUGAUGGCCGAAAUGUUUUUCCUAAUGUUGAUUGGCGUUUCAAUGAAUUUCCUAAUCCACCCACACAUGCACUUUAUGUGACUUGUGUUGAACUUCUUGGAUUACCAACGAUACCGAAGGUUGUCGCUAAUAACAUCAUCGAUGUGGCAAUCAAAGGUUACAUCGUGAUAACGCAACAAAACUAUGCAAACAUUCAUAGUUGGAUUAAUGCGAUUGGACUCAUCAUAUCAGCAUUGCCCGAACCUUAUUGGAGCGUCAUUUAUGAUCGUUUGGAAGAAAUCUUAAAACAUCCACAAAUGAUUGAAUGGACUUACCGACAAUCGCCAUUCGACAUGUUCAGCUUCAAGACAGUUCAAUACGCUCUGCUUGAGACGAAAUUUGUGAUGAUUCUCGCUUUGACUCAUUCAAUUUUUCAUCAUUUCUCGAUUGGUCAAACAUCGAAAAUCGUUCAAUAUGUGAAAGAACGAUUAGUUCCACAUAUUAAAACAGAACAUCAAUUAAUUUAUUUGCAUCACGUUCUUGGCCCAUUCUUACAACGUCUCGAUCCAAAGGAUGUUAUUGAAAUUACUAAGAUUUAUUAUGAACUUCUUGAGUUGGUUGAUAAGAAGAAUUCACUGACAGAAGAGACGAUGAGAUAUCAAGACUCUCUUUGCGACAUGCUUUAUCAUAUCAAGUACAUGUUCGUCGGUGAUUCUAUGAAAACAGAUCUCGAACCAAUCAUAAAACGAUUGUCAAGUCCUUUAAGACUUCGAUUAAGAUUCAUAACACGGUUGAGUGUUGAGGAAAUUAAAGCGGAAAAGAAUGUCGAACCGAAAGCAGUAAAACUUCAAACGAAUGUUUUACAAUCAGUUAAAAUUAAUAGAAUGUAAGUUGAAAUUUUAAUUAAUUAAUUUAAUCUUUAAACUUUCAAUAAAAUAAUAAAAUUAAAGUGCAAAGUUAAAUUUUUA